AUGACCGCCGCUGAAGAGAGGCUCGACGCCUAUUCAAAGCGAAUGGCUCACACGAUCCUGAAAUUAGAGCGCCGGAGCCACUUGAAGUUUUUUGCAAUCGCGCUUCGAUGCGAGGCGUGCAGGACUCCCCUCCAUACCGUCUCCCUGGAUCUUCAUUCAGAUAAUCCAGUAUUCAACUGCCAGGACUCCAGGCACAAUGCGAGCAGUCUUCUUCCUCGUCCUCUGCGCAUCGUGUUGUGCUUCCUUCUCCCGGGGAGGGGGUUUGGGAGAGCAAUGCUCACCAUCGGAGCUAUGCGACCCAAUCAAUUCCCAUUGCCGCAAUUCAACAUGUCAUUGUAUGUUUGGAUUUGCCGCCGAGGAAGACGAAUGCAGCAGCAGGAAAGCGACGAGAACGAAGAAAUUCGUCAACCAAGUAAAGCGCCUGAUUUGGCGCAAUCCCAACAGAUCCAUCAGAAGAUGGCGAAGGAGAAAAAUGCCUCGAGGUCGACGAUGAUGAUGGUGGUCAAGAACGAUCUAUGUUUCACCUCCUACCGACUCCAGAAGCAACAGCUCCUCAUUGCAGCCACCAAGAGUAAGAGACUGGCCCGAAUUCUUCAGACUCUGGAGAGGCUCAAUAAUGAGGUUGAAGUUGGUGGAGAAUGUCAAACCAAUGAUGAAUGUAUGGAAAAGGCGGAGUGCAAAAACCGUCUGCAAAAGUAUUGCCGAUGCAAGAGCUAA